AUGACCUCAACAAGCCAGAAAACCAAGCCAAAAAAAACUGAAUUUUCGGCUCAAAUAACUGAAAUAGGAAGCGAAUUAAGCAAUAUUACCGGCAAAAAUAAUCAAGAACUAGAAAAGGUAAUCCAAAAAUUAGAGCAGGAAAUUGGAAAAAUUAAGGAGAAAUUAGAAAAUAAUAAUCCUGAUAAUUCAGGGCCUCCGCCCGAAAAUCCUGUCUCUGUCAAUAAUCAAUUCACUUACCGAAAUUUUAUCGAACUUUUAAAAUCCCAAGAUAAAAAGUUUUUCGUAUCAAAAAAUACUCUUGAUAAACCUUUCGAGUUUGUGGUAAUUAAAUCACAGAGUUUAGCCGAUAUUAACCAAGAUUAUUCCAGUUUUCAAAAGCAUUUUGAUAAAAGCAGUAACAUUAAUGUAGUAAGUUUUCCUAGUCCCAGUGAAGUUGCUAAUAAGUUAAUAGAAGAAUUGGAAAAGGGUGCUGAUGCUCCCCGUUGGUUAAAUACAGAAGGAACAGGAGAGAAAUUUUAUGCGGUGGGGCGGAUUCCGAACGUUUUUGGCAAGCGAGAAGGCAAACCUAGUUAUGACGCCAUUACGGCUGCUCGCUUAAUUGACCGUUCACUCCGCAGUUUUUUUCCUUUUCCCAGCCAGCAGGAAGUUCAAAUAACUAAUUCGGUUCUCUCUUUUGAUCCGGACUGUGAUCCUCGUGUAGUUAAGUUAAUUGUUAGUGCUACGGAGGAAAAAAUUACCAUGCUGGAAGCAGGAGCUCGGGAAAUAGAUGAAGCAGAAUUGACCCAAGCCAUUACUUUCGCUCACCAAGAAAUUCAGAAAAAAAAGCCAACGACCAAUGAAAAAGAAAAAAAAAUGAAAGAAGUUCGCCAAAAAUUAACCCAAGAGUAUUACGUCCAAAAUCCUCAAUUAGAGGAAGAAUUUGUGAAAGAUUUGGUUGAGGAAUUUUGA